AAAAGUUUAGACUUGUAGAGAGAGAAAGAUGGAGAGAGAUGUCUCUAAUCUCUAGAGAGAGAGAGGUUUGGUCUUCUUUAACAUGGCGUUUUCCUUGUGCUUUGGUUAUUGAAUCACUUGAAAGCUCCACGUUCUCUUUGGUAGUUAGGGUUUAUGGCCUCGUGUUUAGGAGCCGCUUCUUAUGGAUAGAAGUGGUUUCUUUUGAGCCUCUUUCUAUUUGAGCCCAUGGAGUUCUACAUCUGCAUUAGGGUUUUGUGGAGAAGUCUUGAAGUUUAUGGAGGAUUUUAAAGAUACAGGCCCGUAUUAUGCAUUUGAACCAUGGAUUUUGAUGUCAGGCAGAAAAUAGGGUUUUUUUGAAGCUAAAGCUGAUUUUGUUUUUCUGGUUAGUUACAUAUUUCGAAGUAUAUGAGAUAUCAGUUCUAGGUGUUUGGUAAUGACAGAGAGCAGUAUUUUCUAUUUGAAACCAUGGAUGUUCUGUCUAGCUGGAAAUUAAGACUGUUCUGCGAAAGAUUUUUUCUAUUUAUUGGAAAGUUAUUUUCAAUUUCUGAGUUAUUAUACAUGCUCAAUUUCUAGGUGUCCCUUGAUAUUUGGAUAUACAAGUGAGAAACUAUACUAAUCAGAAAACUAGAAGGUGGAGAACUUGAAAAUUUUACUUUAUAAUACCAGUUCAGAGGCUUCACCCUCACUGAGAUGAUUUUCAUGCUUAUAAUUAAAAACUUCAUAUUUAUUAUCCAUUUGAUUCCACAAUUUUCAUUCCAGGUUGGAUUCAGGGUUUAAUAAAGAUGGAUUCAUUCUCAUCUACUUUGGAUUUGACGUGUUAGCAGACGUUAUCGAACUGUAUUGCACGUUUGGCAUAAAUGGACUAAGAGUAAUGGACAGAAACUGCAGAUUCCCUUCUAAUUUUUUACCUUUUUGAGCAUGGAACUGCAAUCUACAAUAUGGCGAUUUAGGCCAACGAAAAAAGCCAUUUGGAUGUCUUCCCUCAACUUAACUUGGGUAAAGUUUCAAUGCGAGUGAUAGAUUUGAAGGAUAGGAAAUUCCCAACUACAUCUGAUUUUAGAAUUUCAUAAAAGCCGCUUCUAUUCCAUGUUAUCAACUAUACUUGGAAUUUACUGGGAAUGCUGGAUCCCGAAGCGAAGUCUCAGAAUUACGGUUUUCAAAAUCAGAAAAUGGAAAAAAACUGUGAGUUUUGUGGCAAAUCAAGAUCGCUCAUCUACUGUAAGGCUGAUGCUGCUUUUCUUUGCUUGGCCUGCGAUGCUCGUGUCCACUCUGCAAAUGCCCUGUCUCAUAGGCAUGUGCGUGGGCUACUUUGUGGAUCAUGCUCCACAGAACAAGCCGUGCUCAAGUGUAUGGACCACAAACUCUUCUUUUGUCGAACUUGUGAUUGCGAUUCUCACCAUAAUGUGGUCCAACAUAGUAAGAGGCUUGUGAAUGGUUACAUUGGGUGUCCACCUGCUAAGGAUUUUGCAGCUUUAUGGGGGAUUGAUUUGAAUUUGUGCAGGGAAAUGGGGUUUGCUCAUUUUCUUAAAGAUGAAGAAGGUUUUAGAGUGGAUGUGAGCAAGGGGCGGAUUGCAGGUUCUUCGAUGAGUUCAUUGUUGGAUGGAUCUGGUGCUUCAAUGGCUGAAUUAAAUGAAAUGAUUUUGGGGGCAUCUGUUGCAGAUUGUUCAAUGAGUUCAUCAAGUCAAAACAAGGUGGUUCACAAUAAUCAAUGGCACCAAGCAAACUACCCCAUUCUACAACAGCUCUUUGAUUUGGAAAAAUUGCAACUUUCAGAAAGCAUCAGCCGACCUUCUUCAUUGCGAGUGCAAAAUGAAGUUUUUAGACCUGAAACUCAAACUUGCAGGCAGCUAAGCCAAGACAAUGAUAUGAAUCAGCAACACUCCCAAGGAGAGCAUAUUGAUAAGCAGCAAGUGGAUAAUCUUAAUCUUCAUCUGCAGCAACAAAUGCAGCCUUUUUCAUUGAUUACAUCUCAACCGCAGCCACUGAGUUCUUCUUCUAAUGCUGGAGUCUCUUUGCAAGGCGAUUCAUUUUGGCAGUGUAAAAGUCCAGUUCAAAGUAAUCAGUUGUGGUCUCAAAGCAUGCAAGAUCUUGGGAUUUGCAAAGAAAUAGAGUGUUGUGAUGGUUUCAACAUGCCGGAUGUUGAUCCCACAUUCCAGAACAUUGAAGAUCUUAUUGGGGGUGGUCCUGAUCAAGCUGCAUCAAUAUUUGAUGAUACAGAUGCGGGUUGCUCCUACAUGGGAAGGGAUGUAUCCAUUGGCAAAUCAGAUAGAGUCUGUCAAAGAUCCUUCAAGAAACUUCAUGAUCAUAAGUGUCACGACCUCCUAUCGGAGAUGGUCAUGAUGGAGAGCGAGUAGGACAUGCCGUUAUCGCCGACGUAUACAUAGAUUUAUUAAGAGAAGAUCAUCCUAUGCUUUCUCUUUCCAACAACACUCUUUCAAGUGAGUUUCCUUUAUGUAUGGUGGUUCCCAAAUGAAUGCUCUUUCUAUGUAACUGUGAAGCUGGUAGGUUGUUUAUAGAAAGCCGGUGAGAUAACAAAAGCACUCAUGUUUUGUAUGAGAAGGAAAAACAUUAUGAAGUUACCCUCUUUGUGCAUUUCAUAAUUUCAUGAAAUGGAGGAUACGUUUCGUUAUUUAUCUUUUGAAAUGGAAUAAGAACAUACAUUUUCUGUGGUCA